AUGGAAACUGAGGUUAUCAUUUUGGAUUCUGACGACGAAGACAGCCGUCAAAGCAUUCCGAUGAAUGGCUCUGCUUUGGCUUCUGUUGCUAUUGUGAAUUCGAAACCUCUGGAUUUGGAUGCUCUUGGUAUGUGGACUUUUGCUAGGGUAACUCCUAUAUCUCCGCAACGACCGCCGGUGAGACCACCGUACGAAAAGAGUCGACCGGUCCUUCAAGCGAGAGAUGAUGGCAUAAGUGCAGUGUCCUUACUUGGAGGUGCUCCAACACUGGCUCGUCCUAUAAACACGCGACCAUCAAGGAGUCAAAAUCACUCUCCUUCUCCACGCAAUGUGGUUCGGCAUGUACCAGAAUCACGUGUUCAAAAUUAUAACUUCGAAGUAAGCGGAGAAAAAUCAAGUGACAACGAUCGUCAGUUGUGUCCAUCUCUGAAAUUUAGGUGUCAAUACCCAAGUUGCCGACGUGUGAUAACCGGUAACGUAUCAUUCGUCUGCCAUCUUUGGGCGCACAUAGCAACGUGGAAGGAAUAUGAUCCGAAAUCGCCCUCAUUUCCAAUACUCAGCGACAGUUCUAUCUCCACGGCACCGUCUAAAAGAAACGACGUUGAUAUCCUAUCGACUUGCCCGAGCUGUACUGCUCGAUUUCACACUCCAUACUUAAUGCAGGUGCACUAUACACGAUGUCAUUCCCGACAACCCCAAGCUGUAAAUCGAGCAACUUGCGCUAUCUGCGAAAGAGACGUCCGCUCCGAUGUUGGAGCUGCAAAUGCACUGCGCACUCAUCUACUAACGCAUGAGCCAAAUGAUGCCCUUACCACUGCAAACGAUGUCGCUAUCGGUGCACAGUUCGAAUGCACUUGUUUGAUCAUUUCGUUAGGGAGCACAAAAAUACGAGUACGUAUGAGCCGUCGGCUGGUCGCCGAAAGGCUAAACUUCUUUUUAUCUAACACGCUCAUGUGUCCAUUCUGCACAUUCACCCUGGUUGUUCCCUCGUAUCAAAGAAAGCGACCAGUGAUCCGUGUAUCAGAGUUUGUUAAUCACAUGAUAAGUCAUGAAUCGGAAUCUCGUCUGGGUUGCGAUCAUUGCGCGCUGUCCUUUACAAAUAUUGCUGAUAAGCAGAAGCAUCGGAGGGAUCAUUCAGCGGUCAAUCCUAAAUGGACGAUGACGUACAGGAAUCCGGAGACUCGAUCUCGCCAGCGAAGUCGGCUAGUAUGUCAGGAGCAGAAACCUCAAUACCAGUGUAAACAGUGCGUAAACAACGCAGACGGGACUGCUUCUAAAAAGUGUAUUGCAUGUGUCACGCUCGCGUUCAACGAAAGUUUAUACGGAAAGAGGCGCAUGGCAACUGAUACUUCUGUUCGUCGAGGGAUCGAUGCACUGCAGUGCAGUCAACGUGGAUUGCGAUUCCACUGUCAGUGUGGAAUGCGCACGCGGAAUGGUAAUCGUAUGGCUCAACAUUUCUACUAUUGCAAUAAGGAUUUUGAGGUAAUAGAGACCGACGAUGAGUUUGCUGAGCCAACAGAUACUGACUUGGAAGAAGAUAAAAUGGAGGCGCAGCUGUUCUCAGUCCUUCACAAAAAGGAACCUGUGAUGCCGAACGUGAAAACCGUGGAGCGAAAACGUAGGUUGAUCGAGCCACCACUACUUAUUUUCGAACAACAAGUGAGCAAUUUGAGUAAACCCGAGGACUUGGCCAAUGCUGUGCUCUUCUACAAGAAGUGUGCCGAAAACGGUCCGGAGGAGAGCAUUGAGAGUUUCAAGGAACUGCGAGCCUCGUAUGAUUUUUUUAUGGAGCAAACGAUAGAGACCAUAUUAAGCCAUCGUAGUGUGAGAGUUCGCGACAGCAAUGUUGUGAAGAAGAAACUGACUGAAAUGUUGAAAGGAGGAAACGACCAAUUAGGGGUAAUAUCCGACUUUGACUUCACUUUGACACGUUCUGUUGACCACAAUGGAAUGCCAUGUUACAGUAGUCAUAAUGUCCUCAACCAACUUCUCUAUGCGCUCCAUCCAGAACUCGAGGAAGAGAUUCGUGCGGUAAAUACCAAGUAUAUAGCCAUAGAAUAUAAUCCAAGACUAACAAGAGAGGAAAAACUGCCGUAUAUGAUAGAAUGGUGGACAAAGGCUCACGAUAAGUACAUAGAGUUUCGAAUCCAUCGAGAGGAAAUCGAACAAUUUGUUGCGAGUGCAAAAAUUGAGUUAAGAGACGGUGCAGAUGCUCUUGUCAAGCAUCUUGCUAGCUCGUCCAUUCCAUUGCUUCUGUUUUCUGCUGGUGUUGGCAACGUCAUAGACGUAUUUCUGCGACAUCAACUAGGCUAUAUACCGGAAAAUAUACACAUCAUAUCAAACAUGUUAUUGUUCAAUGAAGAAGGAGUUGUGAGCGCCUGUUCAGAACCACUAAUUCACGUCUUCUGUAAGGAUGCUUCUGUGAUCCCCAAGGACGCUCCUUUCUACGAUGACAUAGCGCACCGCGGUAACAUAUUACUGCUUGGUGACAGCCUCGGCGAUUUGCAUAUGGAUGUUGGCGUUGCUCAUAAGGGAACUGUGCUUAAGAUUGGAUUUCUAAAUAGCAGAGUUGAUGAUCUCUUAGAAUCCUAUCUUGACGGAUUCGAUAUAGUUCUCGUUGAGGAUCAGACGAUGGAUGUUCCUGAUCUCAUUUUACAGGCUUUGCUCGAAAACUCGAAGAAACUUGACUGA